CCUCCCGUCCGGGCCGCUCUCCAGGGCGUCUGUAAACACACCCCGAGACUGUCAUGGAGGGGGAGGAGGAGGCGGCGGCGGCGAAAGGAGGCGUUUUGGGCCGCCUCCAGGGUCCGCUCUGUCAUUCCUGAACUGGUCCCUCGGCCCCGUGACUGUGGCAUCAGGGAAGCGAACUGUUAGGCGAGAGGAGGAGACAGUCAGAACCAUAUCGCCUUCUUCCCCCAGGGCGGGGGCCGGGCCGGGCCAGGCCGGCUGAGCCGGGGGAGGGCAGGGGGAGGGAGCGCCUGGCCAGGCCGGCCUGUCCGCCGAGAUGGAUGACAGUAAGGUGGUUGGAGGCAAAGUAAAGAAACCUGGCAAACGUGGUCGGAAGCCAGCCAAAAUUGACUUGAAGGCAAAACUUGAGAGGAGCCGGCAGAGUGCAAGAGAAUGCCGAGCUAGGAAAAAACUAAGAUAUCAGUAUUUGGAAGAGUUGGUAUCCAGUCGGGAAAGAGCCAUAUGUGCCCUCAGAGAGGAACUGGAAAUGUACAAGCAGUGGUGCAUGGCAAUGGACCAAGGAAAAAUCCCUUCUGAAAUCAAGGCCCUACUCACUGGAGAAGAGCAGAGCAAAUCUCAGCAGAACUCAAGCAGGCACACAAAAGCUGGGAAGACAGAUGCUAAUAGCAAUUCCUGUGAGUACAAUGAGUGGGAGAGUUUAUAUUUAGAGGAGCAUCUUAAGGUAGGGUUUCCAUGGUAUGUCAUUAAAAUGUUGAUUUUAUUUAUAAUACACUAAUAAGCAAGUGAAAUAGUGUUACAUUCUAAAUAUUGAAAUGAAUUUUACAUGGGAUCUAUGAAGAGUUAUUUCUUACGUUCUACAGCAUAAGCCGUUUGAGGGCAUAACCUUUGAACUGACUAAUCUUUGUAUACCCCCAAAGUCCGUAGUUUUCCACAGUGGAUGAAAUCUUCUACAUUCCCACCGGUAACAUAUGAAGCUUUCCAUUUCUGUACAUCUUGCCAACGCUUUUUAUUUUCCAUUUUUAAAAACUAUAGCCUUCCUAAGAUGUGAAGUAGUAUCUGAUUGUGUUGUAUGUUUUUUUUAAGAUUUUAUUUAUUUAUUUGACAGAGACACAGCGAGAGA